GCUUUCUUUUUUCUUUUCUCCUGGUCAGCAUACCAUCCAAUUGUUCUCUGUCAGGACAGUUAUUUACUUCCGUUCUGACCUUCCUCCUUCCCCCUCUAUCGAUCUAUCUAUCUAUCUGUCUUGUUUUCCCUCCCCCCCCAAUAGCUCUUUUCCCCUGCACCUGUACACGACCGCUCCUCCACAAUGUCUGCAAAGUCAAUUCUGGAGGCCGAUGGUAAGGCCAUCCUCAACUACCACCUCACAAGAGCCCCCGUCAUCAAGCCCACGCCUCUGCCACAGGCAGCUACUCACAAUCCGCCCCCAAAGCUCGCAUCCAUCUACUUCCCUGAAGAUGCGGAUGUCAAGGGAGUGCUGGACCAGGCUGAGGCCACUUACCCGUGGCUGCUCACCAAGGGCGCCAAGUUCGUCGCAAAGCCAGAUCAAUUGAUCAAGCGACGGGGUAAGAGCGGUUUGCUGGCCCUGAACAAGACCUGGGAGGAAGCCCGGGAGUGGAUUGAGGCGCGCGCGGGCAAGGACGUCCAGGUUGAGACCGUCAAGGGAGCUCUCCGCCAGUUCCUGGUCGAGCCAUUUGUGCCGCACCCACAGGAGACGGAAUACUACAUCAACAUCAACUCAGUGCGAGAGGGUGAUUGGGUCCUCUUCACGCACGAGGGUGGUAUUGACGUGGGUGAUGUCGAUGCAAAGGCUGAGAAGCUGCUCAUCCCCGUCAACCUGAAGAACUACCCCUCCAACGAGCAGAUCGCUGCGACGCUGUUGAAGAAUGUCCCCAAGGGCGUCCACAACGUGCUUGUUGACUUCAUCUCCCGCCUCUACGCCGUCUACGUCGACUGCCAGUUCACAUACCUGGAGAUCAACCCUCUGGUCGUCAUCCCCAACGAGGAUGCCACCUCCGCGGAAGUCCACUUCCUCGACCUGGCUGCCAAGCUGGACCAGACUGCUGAGUUCGAGUGCGGCACCAAGUGGGCCAUCGCUCGUAGCCCGGCAGCCCUGGGUCUGGCGAUCACCAAGAAUGAGGGCAAGGUGACCAUCGACGCCGGUCCCCCAAUGGAGUUCCCCGCGCCUUUCGGCCGAGAGCUGAGCAAGGAGGAGAAGUUUAUCGCCGACAUGGACGCGAAGACCGGUGCCUCCCUCAAGCUCACCGUUCUCAACGCUAGCGGUCGUAUCUGGACCCUGGUCGCCGGUGGUGGUGCGUCCGUCGUGUACGCCGACGCCAUCGCCUCUGCUGGUUUCGUCAGCGAACUGGCCAACUACGGAGAGUACUCUGGUGCUCCCACCGAGACCCAGACUUUCAACUACGCUCGCACUGUCCUUGACCUGAUGCUGCGUGCGCCUAUGCACCCAGACGGCAAGGUCCUCUUCAUCGGUGGUGGUAUUGCCAACUUCACCAACGUCGCGUCGACCUUCAAGGGUGUCAUCCGCGCUCUGCGCGAGGUCGCCCCCGUCCUCAACGAGCACAAGACUCAGAUCUGGGUCCGUCGUGCCGGUCCCAACUACCAGGAGGGUCUGAAGAACAUCAAGGCCGUCGGCGAGGAGCUGGGACUCAACAUGCACGUGUACGGCCCUGACAUGCACGUCAGUGGCAUCGUGCCGCUGGCGCUCAGCGGCAAGCAAACCACUAUUAAGGAAUUCGGAUCUGCAUAAAGUUCAUGCUUUUAAAGAUAUCUGUGCUUUUUUCUGUUUAUGAUCGAUGUUAUUAAGCUCGUACGGCAUGGCACGGUAUGGACGGUUUCCGCUGGACGAAUACUCGAGAUACGGAAGAGCGAUGGGCGCUCUG